GAAAAUAUAGAGAGAGAAAAGCGGUGAAAGGACUAAAAAAGAGAAAGAAAGAGCGUGGGGUGGGUAUAAUGGUGGCGAUUCAUGGGGUAAUAUACGGAGAAAGCGGUGGAAGAGGAGGCGCGAGAGAGGGGGAAGAGGAGGGCAGAUGGGUUCCCUCCAGACAUGGAGAAAGGCCUACGGGGCUUUGAAGGACACCACCAAAGUUGGCCUUGCCAAGGUUAACAGCGAUUUUAAGGAUGUGGACGUUGCGAUCGUCAAAGCCACAAACCAUGUCGAAUGUCCCCCAAAAGAGAGACAUGUGCGAAAAAUUUUGGCUGCAACUUCGGUGAUUCGCCCCCGGGCUGAUGUUGCGUACUGUAUACACGCACUUGCUAGGCGACUGGCCAAGACCCACAACUGGACGGUGGCACUGAAAACACUCAUAGUUAUCCAUAGGACUCUACGGGAAGGUGACCCUACUUUUCGUGAGGAACUGCUUAAUUUCUCCCACAGGGCCCAUAUACUCCAGUUAUCUAAUUUUAAGGAUGACUCUGGUCCAAUUGCUUGGGAUUGCUCUGCUUGGGUUCGUACCUAUGCUUUGUUCCUUGAGGAAAGACUGGAAUGUUUUAGAGUUUUGAAGUAUGAUGUCGAAGCUGAACGUUUUACCAAGCCUGCAGAAGGGCAUGAGAAGGGCCAUAGUAGAACGAGAGAUCUUGAUAGCGAGGAGCUUUUGGAGCAAAUGCCUGCCUUACAACAAUUACUUUAUCGUCUUGUGGGUUGCCAGCCUGAAGGUGGAGCUGUUGGGAAUUAUGUGAUACAGCAUGCCCUGGCUUUGGUAUUGAAAGAAAGCUUUAAAGUUUAUUGUGCUAUUAACGAUGGAAUUAUCAAUCUUGUUGACAAGUUUUUUGAGAUGCCGAGGCAUGAAGCUGUGAAAGCAUUAGAGAUUUAUAGAAGAGCUGGCCAGCAGGCUGAAAGCCUUUCUAGUUUCUAUGAUGUUUGUAAAGGAUUGGAACUUGCUAGGAAUUUCCAGUUUCCAUCUUUGCGAGAGCCGCCUCAAUCAUUUCUUGUAACAAUGGAAGAAUACAUUAGAGAAGCACCUCGAGUGGUUUCUGUCCCAAGAGAACCCCUAGAAUUCCCAGAAAGAUUGCUUCUUACUUACAAACCAGAUGAUACAUCUAUAGAGGAACCAGAUGGUACAAAUGCACCAGUGGUAGAACCACAGCCAGUAGCCCCUACUUCUGAGAGUGUUCCUGCUCCACCUCCUCCUGUGCCUGUGGACACUGGAGAUUUGUUGGGUCUCAAUGCAACAAAUUUUGACGCUUCUGCAAUAGAGGAGCAAAAUGCAUUGGCUCUAGCUAUAGUCCCCUCUGCAGGUAGUGAUGCAGUCAGUGACUCUCACGGAGCACAAACAAAGGGCCUGGAUCCUACAGGAUGGGAACUUGCCCUGGUUACCACUGCCAGUAGCAAUGAUAAAAAUUUGACCGAAAGCAAACUGGCCGGCGGAUUUGACAAACUCACAUUGGAGAGUCUCUACGAAGAUGCAGUCUAUAGACAACAACAACAACAAUUUACUUACGGAGCACCCCCACCAAAUCCAUUUGAAUCCCAUGAUCCAUUUGCUAUAGCAAACAACAUACCACCUCCACCUUCUGUUCAAAUGGCCGCCAUGGCUCAUCAUCAGCAACAGCAACAGAUGAUGAUGGGUAUGACAUCAUCAGGUCCAUUUGGUCAUCAACCCAACUACCAUCAUCAACAACAGUUUGGCCCAUCAAACCCUUUUGGUGAUACAACUUUUGGAGCUUUACCGCCAAAUCCAAAUCAUCAAAACAAUCCAUUUGGAAACCCAGCAUUACUUUAGCAUGGAUGGAUAAGCCAUAUGCUCAUGCUUGUGUAUUGGAAUGAUGGGUAUGUAUGUUUUGUAUAUGUCAUAUUCCCAUUAGCAAUAGUAUGAUUUUUUAGUUUUGGCUCUGCCUCAUUGGCCCCACGGCACCCAUGGGAGGUCGUUUCGCCAUGAUAUGCAAUACAUGGGAUUCUGAGCAGUUACUGCUUGAAUCGGUUACAUUUGUCAGAUGUGUUUAUAGGUUGUAUGGGAUUCUUGGUGGUUAUGGCUUGAAUUUGUGCUAUUUUUUCUGUUAUCCUUGUGGCCACUUGCUGAAGUGUUUUGUGUUAUGCAUCAGAUUACAACUUGCUCCAGAGGAGCUCAUUGUUGAGAUUCAAGUUUUGAUUCAUCAAAGUUAAGAUUAUAUGUCA